GCCUCGUUCAAGUUCAAUAUCAUGUCAAUCGUCAGAAUUCCAAUCACCAAUCAACAUGAAGAACUUGAUCUUUCCCGUUAUCGUUGCCCUCUUUGGCUUUGCCCUCAUGACCUUGGCUGAUAUGGGAGAUCUGGAGGCCGAAGAGGCCAAAAUCCUUGAAGACUUUGAGAGCGGCAUGUUCGACGAGUUCAUCUCAAUCGAAACGGAAAUCAAUGAUUCUGAUGUGGGCGCUGAUGACGAAGACGGCGAAGAUACGGAUGGGUCUGAAGACAGAUUGUUCCUUGGUGGUUGGUGUCGCUUGAAAUGUCUGCCCAAAUGUGCUGCCGCUCCCAAUGGCACGUGUACUUGCACCAAGAUGUUCCUUGGCAUCUUCCCCAUCUUUUCCAUAUACCAUUCCUUGUGCAUAAUAUCUUUGACCAUGGCAGUCUGUUUUCAAUGAAUUAAUAAACGCAAAAGUGCGGGA